AGGUUGAGGUCUCCCGUUGUAGUUGGGAGUCUCUGGAAUGCUUCCAUUUGUGGUAGAAAUGCCUUCUUCAGAGACUGCUGUCGCUCGCCCCUUGCCCGUUACCAGAUCCCCCAAAACACCCAUAUAAGAAAUAGGGAAAAUUUUAUUUUUUGUUUCUUUAUAAACCAAUCCAUCUAUGUGUGGGUGCUUGAACGAGCUUCCUAGUGCCCUCUCCAUUGUCUCCAUGGACUUCAGCAUGAGAAGUUCUUCUUUGCUUCCUCCUCCGACCUUCGGUAUUCGAGUAUCACACUUUCCUACAAAGCUUAGGUUACAGGGAUUGAAGCGCCUAAACCCAGUGAAGCAUUUAAUUAUCAACAGCGCAUGUGGGUCUGAUGAAAAUGGUUCAAAGAAUGGAUUCCCGAUUAUACCCAACCAGAUUUUCAUGGAGGAGUCUCAGGCUAUAGGAGCCGAGUACGGGGAAGGUUUUGAGACUUUUAGAUUAGACGGCCCUCUAAAAGUUGAUGUGGAUUUUCUGAAUGAAAAAUUGCAAGAAGGUUUCCUGCAGAAGAUUCGCUACACUAUGAAGCCGGAUGAAGCUUUUGGUCUUAUUUUCUCUUGGGACAAUGUUGUGGCUGAUACUCGAGCCCUGAAGCUGAACACUUGGAAACAACUUGCCUUUGAAGAGGGACAGGAGAUUCCUGAGGACAGUGAUGUGCAAAAAUCGUUGCUUUAUGCUGGCGCUGACCAUGUAUUGCUAAAGGUUUUGCUAUGGGAGAAAGCAAAAAGUGAAUUGGAUAGAUUGAAAUCAAGGCUUUCACAAUUAUAUUAUGAGAAUCUUCUUGAAUUUACCAAACCCAUCGAGGGAUUGGAGGAAUGGCUUGAUGCUGUCUCUACUGCUCGUAUCCCUUGUGCUGCUGUUUCAUAUCUUGACAGGAUAAAUUUGGUUGAAGUUUUGCAGCAAAUGGGCCUUAAGAAAUAUUUCCAGGCAAUUGUAAGUGAGGAAGAUGGAAUGGAGUCAAUGGCUCAUAGAUUCCUCUCUGCUGCUGUAAAGUUGGACCGGAAGCCAUCCAAGUGUGUGGUGUUUGAGGAUGACCCAAGAGGCAUAACUGCUGCUCACAACUGUACAAUGAUGGCUGUGGGAUUGAUUGGUUCUCACCCUGCGUAUGAGUUGGUUCAAGCUGAUCUUGCAGUUGCCAGUUUUAGUGAACUUUCGGUGAUCAAUCUUCGAAGAUUAUUUGCUCACAAGGGCUCUACAUUCAUGGAUCUACAGAAGCAGGUUAUAGAGAAAAAUCCACCUAAGAGAAAGCUAACCAUUGACACCAUUUUCUGAUUCAGUUUCAUAGACCUCAUCCUAUAAAACCUUGUAAUUAAGUAGCUGGCAGGUGUACAUUGUACAAAGCCUUUUGUCAAGCUUUCAGUUUUCGCAUUGUAAUUAAAUCAGUUAAAAUAGAUCAAUGUGAAUACCCUUUCAUUAGUUUUGUA